UUCGAGCCACUUUUUAGCUUUCUGAGUAGCGUAUUUUCAUUUUAUUUUGUGUUAUCCUUUCAUUUACGCGUAAUAAAUAACAUGUAUGUAGUUGUAACAGUAGCGUGAUUAGUUUAUUAGACUAUUUGUAAGUGCACUUACAGUGUUAUAUAAACGGUAGAGGGCUAAUCGUUUCGGCAAUCCCGAUGCAUAUAACUACAUAGUACGUCAGUGAACGAAUGGUGGCAUUAAGAUAAUGGAUGUGGAUGCUCCUAACAUAUUAAAAAGGUGCAGUAGUGCACCGUUAAUAAAUGAAGCAGCCACUACGGCGGCCACAUCGCCCACGACGAGCGUAGCACCCAGGAACACGUCGAUCUUCAGCAUGUUUUCAAACAACAACCUGACGCGCACGCGCAGGCAUAGCGGGACCUUUGGUACUGUCACCUCGCCAAUCAACGUAACUAGCUCGUGGGCGCGGAUGGCGCCGCGGGUGAACCAGCUGCGCGCCGAGGAGUGCGCUGACGUGAGCAACACGCGCGAGGUGGCGCACGAGAGGGAAAUACACACCGCCAUGCAAAUGGGCCAAUCUUGUGAGGAUCUGACGCUAGUCGCCGGAUUAGCCAACUCACCUACUAGGACACCUAGAUUUUCACCAGUAGUCUCCCCUUCUCCAACGCGGAAGUACACGACGCGGCGGAGCUUGUCCCCCAUUGCUAUCCGAGCGUCAAGCUUCAGUCCCGUCAGCCGGCCAAACAUGCUGUCUGGCAAGCGACGGUGCGACGAGGCAGACUCUCCUCUAUCCAAACGUAUGUGCACCUCAGACAGACUCACACCCUCCACGCCAGGCACGCCAGACUCAGACUCCUUAGAGUGCACAUUCAGGCCAGUCUCCCCCAGAGUCCAGCCUAUGAAUGAGUGUUCGCACGAGUCUACAGAUGUCCAAGGAAAUCACAAAUCAACAAAUACUAGCUAAUAGUGUAUAAACAAUUUUAUAACAGGUUUUUAAAAUUGAAACUUUUGCGGGAAUAGUUAUAUUAAGACAUCUCUUGCCAACAUCUUCGGAUAUACAGUCCAAAUUUUUAUGACAUUCAAUUUUACAUUGAUUAAAAUAGUAGCUUUUAUAAAAUUACAAGUUAAGAUCUAAUAUUUUCGCAAAAGUUUUCAACUCAAUUCUAGUACUAUGGGUUUUAAUGACUUCUCGAUACUACGGUAUUUUAUAUUUCCAAAGUAUAGCGAGUCAUUACAAACCCAGUAAUAAUCUUCAUAGGGUUCAAAUUCGUGUAUUUGUUCCAAUACAGUAGCCUACCACGUUGGUUCCUAAUGAACUUGAAAUUAUUAACGUAGUUUUAUAGGAAUGAACUGUAAAGUACGUCUCAAAUGGCUUUGCUUCCGUUGCUAAAUGCCAUAUUGUAAAUAACAUAUUUUAUAAUAGCUGUAUGUCUUGUCUGAGACUGGCUGGAGUCAAUGACAACAUCAGGUCAUAGUGUACAAUUAUCAAAAGCAAAUUCGUCCUUGACACGACACAGGGUAGUGUUAAAUUUUCCAUCGUCAAGGUGCGCUAAACUAGCCGAAUAAGAAUGAGGUGUUUUGAUAAUUUCAAAAGUCAAUAGCAAGAGAAAUGUACUAGUUGAUCAAUAUAUAAUAUUUAGCAGCGGACGAGCGCAUGAGAUAGACUUAAGCGAGUGCCCUAUUGUUAGCCAAAGCAUCCAAAACUUUAUUGUAAAUAUAUUUAGAAGCGUUCGCGUGUAUAGAACGUGUAAUGUAUAUAAUUUAUAUCGUAAGUUAGGGUAGUGAACACUCGAAAGCGUGUAGGUAUUAUUGCAGGAGCGAUAACUUCGUGUAGUUUUGUUUAGUCAUUGGUAUUUAAAUGUAUAUCGCGUUGCGACAAUAAGUUGCGUGCUUUACACUUUGUAAGCAAAUAUGAAAACCUCUGUUUUGGUCGAUUUUGUAUCUAUUUUAGUUUUGUCGAAUAUUUCUGUGAUUUGAGGUUUGAUGUGAAGUGGCUUGCAUGGAUCCGGGAACGUUUGAAAUGUUAAUUUCUCACAUUGUAUGUUAUUUAUUUAACAAACUUAUAAUCGUCAUAAUAAAAUGUAGUAUUUCAAACGCAUUUUCAGCAGUAAGUUGCACAAAUUAAUGAUUGUAAUUUUCAUUAUAAAUAAGGUUUUAUAGGAGUCAUGUAAGCCGCGUGAUGUUUAAAUUAAUCCGCCGAUUGUAAUUUAAGUUUAUAAACAAAACAUAUUGUUACUGAGGAGCUGAGUAUUUACUAGGCAAUAAGAAAAUAUGACACGGCGUAAAAUUGCCUAUCACGACCAUACACCAUACUUAUUUCGAGUUUAUUUACUCUCAAGCUCAAACGUACUAUUGCCUAACUGAUGCAAAAUAAGAAUAUUUCAGUCUCUGUUUAUGUAAAUUUGUCUAGUGAAUACAAUGGCCGUAGGUAUUGAUGGUUUUUUCUUAGUUAUUGUAACCUCACCCACUGUAAGGCAAAAAUUAAUAAUAUUCGGCAAACACGUUACGGCUUUAAUGAAGUAUCUUUGACGGUAGAAAUGAUAAGUACAGAAAUAAUAAAUGGUUUUGAAGCUAUUUUAUUCCCAUACUUUACAAUAUGAAACGUUAUUUUUUGACAUUUGGUGUAACAUUGGACUACACUCUGAUACCGUUAACAAUACACAUAUUAAUCAAUCUAAACUUGGCUUAGUUAAAUCCACAUAUGUAAAUAAUUAACAUGAACUUUCUUACCUAACCGAUAAUACAAAGGCGUGAGUUUUUGUAUUUGUGUAAUGGCCCAAUUUCACCGACACAGAAUGACUAUAUUAUUUUCUCAUAAUCAAAAUACAAAUAGAAAUCUUUAAGCAGCAGAAAUUACAAAUCUUUGUUUUACGUCACUAAUGAAUAUAAAAUAGUACCUUAAUCAUUUCUAAUCGUUACAGACACUUCAAACUCCUGCCAUGCAUCCGCAUGUUCGCAAAAUGUGCAAUAUUUUCUCCACUACGCCGUAACGUGUAGCCGCAACAUUGCCUUACAAUUUCUGAUAGCUUAGGAAAUGUGAUCUACAUAUUUUUAGCUAUAGAUUUCCUCAGGUUUAUUUACACGAUUUAGAUCUAUGGGAACUUUGUUUGUCCGCAUUUAUUGAACCACAAAAAUAGACAAUGGAUUUUUACCAGCCAGAUUUAUAACGCAAACAUGCAAAAAUAUUUUAAAUUGAAUAGAAUUAUUAGAUGUUUUCUUGAAUAAAGAUGGACGCGGACGUAACAAAGCAAUCCAUUCCUUUUAAUUUAAAAAAGAUCGUUGACGUAUAGUAAAAGCGAUCUGUGUAAGACCACCUAUAUUUGUCAUAAUCAAAUAAUCCAUCUCAAUGAUUUAAAUUAAUUAAUGAGCCCUCCUGUAGGUACCGGGAGUAGAAUUUUAUGUAAUGUGAUAAAUCUUUUGAUGUAUCGAAAUGUAAUUUUUAUAACACCUGUAAUAAUUGUGUUGCUGACGGAAAUUAAUCGUUUUUUGGAUUACCUCAUGGUUGCAGUCGUGACCUGAACGUGCAUUUGUGUUAAUAUAGUUUGUGCUAUGUAUAUAAGUUGUAAGGCCACGACAUCUUGUCCCGUUUACCUACGCGUAUAAGUAGGUAUUGUUUCGUAAUUUUUUGUAUGUAUGUAUUAGUCAAGAUGUCAGGUUUGACUGCUGGAAAAACCAUUUUGUUUUCAAGUGUGAUUAAAUCACAACAUGAAUAA